GAUUGUACUAGUGCUCCACCGGAUCUUGCGAAGUGCAGCCAGGAAGCUCCAGAGAAUCCACGUCGCCAAGAAGACUCUCCGCUCUAAACUAGUCUACCAGCCCGACUCAUUUCUCAGGGUGGUCGGGCACUUUGACCAAACACUACCCGCAGACGUAGAAACAUGCCUCUCCGGUUGGACAUCAAGCGGAAGCUGACCGCUCGGUCGGACCGUGUGAAGAGUGUGGACCUGCACCCAACUGAACCAUGGAUGGUUGCCAGCCUGUACAAUGGCAGUGUCUGUGUCUGGAACCACGAGACACAGACCCUGGUGAAGACAUUUGAGGUGUGUGACCUGCCUGUCAGAGUGGCUAAGUUUGUGCCAAGGAAGCACUGGGUCAUUGCUGGAGCAGUAAGUGUUAUAACACCCUUAUAACUGCUUAUAAUGCAUUUAUCUGUCC